AUGUUGCAAAACCGAAAAUAUCAACAAGUCGAAAAGAAUGGAAGAAGACGAGGAAAGAUGCAAAACGCCUUUGACAAACACAGCUAUAUUUAUCUGCAUUAUUGCAGGCUCUGCUGGUUUGAUGUAUGGAUACGAUACAACGGUUUCUGGAGGGGUGAUGAUGAUGGGACCAUUUUUGGAAAAAUUCUUCCCAGCAAUUUUGGCAAAGAUGAGGGACACGACAGAAGAUCAAUAUUGUUUAUUCGAUAGCCAUAAAUUAACUGCAUUUAUAUCGUCAACGUUUAUAGCUGGUUUGGUGUCAUCUUUGUUGGCGGGUCGUGUUACCAACUUGAUAGGACGUAGAUUUAGUUUGAUUAUAAGCGGGCUCUUGUUCUUAACAGGGAAUGGUCUUUCAGUUUUUGCUCAGGAUGUUAGUACCUUGAUUGUUGGUCGUCUAUUCGUAGGAUUUGGCGUUGGUUUCGCAAAUCAGGCUGCUCCAAUUUACAUAACAGAAAUGGCACCAUCAAAAUGGCGAGGAGCUCUAAAUACAGCUUUUCAGUUUUUCGUUUGUUUGGGGACUGUAAUCGCCAGCUUAAUCAACUUAGCCUCCAACCACUCAAAUAGCAACCAUGGCUGGCAGCUUGCAUUGGGGUGUGCGAGUGUCCCUGCAAUGAUCCUCAUAAUCGGGGCCUUAUUCAUCCCAGACACUCCAUCCAGCUUGAUCCAAAGGGGCAAGAAUGAAGAGGCCCUUGCUGCAUUGACGAAGGUGCGGUCAACUAAGGCUGGGGCUGAAGCUGAACUAAACGACUUAAUUAGCACCAGUGAGGCGGCAAAACUGAACCUUGAGAAACCAUACAUUAAACUAAUGGAGCCGAGAUACAGACCACAGCUAGUGUUGACAGUAGCCAUUGCAGGGUUUCAGCAGUUAACGGGAGUGGGUAUGGUUGCCUUUUAUGCGCCGGUGAUUAUGAGGACAAUAGGGAUAGGAGCUGAAGGGUGUUUGGCUGCUGCAGUAGUUAUUGGUUUUGUCAAUUUGGCAUCUGUACUGUUGUCGACUUGCAUGGUUGAUAAAAUCGGAAGAAGGUUUCUGUUUCUUCAAGGUGGUGUGCAGAUAAUAUUCUCUCAGGUGUUUAUCGCAUGUACUCUAGCAAUUCAACAACAAAGUGAGUUUUUGGAUUUCCCAUACAGUGACGGGAUCGUGGUGCUAGUCCUAAUGUGUCUUAUCUCAGCAGCUUUUGGAUGGUCAUGGGGUCCACUUACCUGGCUUGUCCCUAGUGAAAUACUGCCAAUAGAGGUUCGUACAGCUGGAACAGGCAUAGGAGUUGCAACGAACUUUCUCAUCACAUUUAUCCUUGCUCAGUCGUCGAUGACAAUGCUAUGUUCUAUGAAAUUUGGAUUGUUCUUGUUCUAUGGCGCCACAACCUUUCUCAUGACUGCAACUAUUGCCGUCUUUUUGCCUGAAACCAAAGGAGUUCCUCUUGAGUCCAUGGAUAUUGUUUGGAGAAAACAUUGGUAUUGGAAGUGGGUUGUUCCUGACUAAAUUUGGCUACGCUAGGCUUGAU